ACAAACAAAUAUUCUCUCCGUCUCUGGUAAACCAUCCACGUUUAUGAAUACGAUAUCACACAACAGUCUUUGAUCUCUCUCUCUCUGCAUCGAUGGAGACGGAUACUAGCGCCGGUUUCAGCUACCUCGGCCACACUUUCAGCAACUUGAGCCUCAACGACCACUCCUCCUCCGCUUUCAGCGACUGCAACAGCGACAGAUCCGGCGAAUUCCCCACCCCUUCUUCCCUGAGCCGACGCCUCCUCCUCUCCUCCGCCACCGACAACUCCGACGACCUCAUCCCCCAUCUGGUCGCCCUCCUCUCCUCCUCGAUCGAGAACCAGAAGCAAGCCGCGAUGGAGAUCAGGCUCCUCUCCAAGCACAAACCCGAGAACCGCGUCAAAAUCGCCGAGGCCGGCGCCAUCAAGCCGCUCGUCUCCCUCAUCUCCUCUUCCGACCCUCUGCUCCAGGAGUACGGCGUCACCGCCAUCCUCAACCUCUCCCUCUGCGACGAGAACAAGGACCUCAUCGCUUCCUCCGGCGCCGUCAAGCCCCUCGUCUGGGCCUUGAAGAUGGGAACUCCCACGGCUAAGGAGAACGCCGCGUGCGCCCUCCUCCGCCUCUCCCAGCUCGAGGAUAACAAAAUCGCGAUCGGGAGAUCGGGGGCGAUUCCUCUCCUGGUUAACCUCCUGGAGACGGGAGGGUUCAGGGCGAAGAAGGACGCGUCGACGGCUCUCUACUCCCUCUGCUCGGCUAAGGAGAACAAGAUCAGAGCCGUGGAGGCUGGAAUCAUGAAGCCUCUCGUGGAGCUGAUGGCGGAUUUCGGAUCCAACAUGGUCGACAAAUCGGCGUUCGUGAUGAGCCUGCUGAUGUCGGUGCCGGAAUCGAAGGCGGCGGUUGUGGAGGAGGGGGGAGUGCCGGUGCUGGUGGAGAUCGUGGAGGACGGGACGCAGAGGCAGAAAGAGAUGGCUGUCUCGAUACUGCUUCAGAUUUGCGAGGAGAGUGUCGUGUAUCGAACCAUGGUGGCUCGGGAAGGAGCGAUUCCUCCGCUUGUGGCGCUUUCUCAGGCGGGAGGAACUAGUCGAGCCAAGCACAAGGCCGAGGCUUUGAUUGAGCUUUUGAGACAACCUAGAUCCCAUUCCUACUAACGGUGGAUGAUCGUCGCAGCUGUGAGCCUUUUCUUUUUUUUUUUUACUUUGUACAAACAACCGCAAAAGGGAAAUAGAUAAAUAACUGUAAAUUAAAUGUUUGUUUCCCUCUGUAAUUUAUCUUCUUGAGAUUGUUUGUUUUUGUGAUCCAGUUGAUAAAUAUCAGGUUUCGUUUUUACCAUCUUCA